AUGGCCGCGCUCAAGCUGGAGGCUCGAUGCCUGCUUGGCUCUGAGCUCGCCACCAAGCUGCGGGUGUCCAUGAAGAUCAAAGGUCACCGAGCGCCUCGGCUGCCCACAGAACGCGAAUUUGUUCGGAGGAGGAUACGCGAGAAGCCUACGUCUUGUGAUUCUUUGAACGCAAAAACUAUGUACUAUAGAAUUCUUUCUACGGCAAGUCCUUCUCAACACCUAGGCCUGAUGGAGCAAAAAGGCACAUGGCGCACCGAUCGCUGCGGCGCACCCAGCACUCUCAGAGAACGUCAGCACGCUCUGGAUCCAGCUUAA